CUAUACCUUAAUUUGUUUGCUCAUAAAAAAGAAAGGAAACCAGAGUAAGAGAAUCCAUGGAAGACGCCAUUUAUGUUGCAGUGAAUCAAGAUGUUCGAGAAAGUAAAAAAACUUUGUUAUGGACAUUGAAAAAUCUCCAAGUCAAGAAGAUUUUCCUUCUUCAUGUUCAUCUUCCAUUUUCGUUGACCACUUCUUCAAGUAGGCUUGAACAAAGUGAGAUCGAUGCAAUCCAAGAUUCAGAACUGAAUACUUCAGUCACUAGCCUCUACAAGUACCGUGAUAUCUGCAUAAACAAAGGAGGGGUUAGUGAACAAGAUGUGGAUACAUCAUUGAUCUCAGGACAUGAUGUGGGGGAAGGGAUUGUGGAACUCAUGUAUCAAAACAAUAUCACGAAGCUCGUUAUGGGAGCAGCAGCUGAUUCUCACUAUUCCAGGGGAAUGUCCAUCACAUCUAGGAAAGCAGAGUAUGUGAGUCAACAUGCACCUCGUAGCUGUAAGAUGUGGUUCAUCUGCAAGGGGAAACUCAUCAAGAAAAGAGAAAGAAGUUUCGACAUCGGGAAUCCAUCAGACUCAUUCUCAGAAUUCUCUACUUCUGCUGAGAAACCAAUUAGCAAAGGAAGAAGAAGGGAUGAGGAAGAUGAAACAGAGUCACCUAAAGAACAUCCAGUUUGGAUACUAGAACCCGAGGAAUCACCAAAGAAAGGAAAGAAGGAACCUGCAGAGAAGUCAAAAAGCAAUGGGAGCGAUGAAGACUCACGUCUCGAAGAUUUCAAGUGUCCCAUUUCAAUGGAGAUAAUGCGAGAUCCUCAUGUGGCUGCUGAUGGUUUCACCUACGAGGCAGAGGAAUUCAGAAAGUGGCUAAGGUCAGGAGGUCGAACCUCGCCAAGGACAAACAAGCCGCUUGAGAAUCAUAAUCUUGUUCCAAAUCACACUCUUCUAAGCGAAGACGUUGAUGAAAGUAGAUCGACUUUGUUAUGGGCAUUGAGGACUCUUCGAGUGAAGAAGCUUCACCUUCUUCACGUUUACCAGCUCAUUUCGAUGACACCUUCAUCAAGUGGGCUGGAACAAAGCGAGAUCGAUGCAAUCCAGGAGUUGGAACAGACUAGUAGAAAUGAUACCCUUCUCAAGUAUCAUGAUAUCUGCAUAGAUGAAGGAGUUAUCGAACAAGACGUGGAUAUGUCAAAUUUUUCAGCAAAUAAUGUGGGGGAAUGGAUUGUGGAACUUAUCUAUCAAAACAAUAUCAAGAAGCUUAUCAUGGGAGCAACUUCUGAUUCCCACUACUCCGAGGGCAUGGUUCAUAUCGCAUCUACAAAAGCUGAGUACGUGAUCCGACACGCGCCUCAUUGCUGUAGCAUAUGGCUUGUAUGUAAUGGUAACCUCAUCCAAACGAGGGAGGGACGGUUUGAACAUGCAGGUUCAGCGUACUCCUCCUCUGAAUCCUCAAGCAGCCUUCAUAGCCUUGAUUCUGCUCCGAUACCAUAUGGGGGAGCAGGAAGAGCUGACCGUGUUACUCAGCCUCAUGCCUUGUCAUCAUCUGAAGAACUAUCAGCUAGAGGGUAUGAGACGAUGUAUUAUGAGGAGCAGAGACGGAGAUUGGAAAUUGAGGAACUAAAGAGAGAAAAGGAGCAACGUGAUAAGAUGAGGCGUGAAGCAGAGGAUGCACUCUCUAGUUCCUUUGGUGUCUCUCAGAUACUGUACAAUGAAGAAGUAAUUCGCAGGAGAGAAGUGGAGGCGGAACUAAACAGAGCAAAAGCAGAAAUAGAAGAUAUGAAAAGGGUCCAAAAGGGACUUGAAGAACAGCAUUAUGCUGAUUGCCGUCUGUUAGAAAUGUUCCAGAAAGAGCGAGACGAAGCUAUCAAGACAACUGAAGAGCUUUUAAGAGCUUUGGAGAAGGGUGAGUCAUCAAUUCCGUUGCAAUGGUCUGUUUCCAACGAGCCUCCCCAAUGUUUCAUAUGUCCCAUUUCAAAGGAUAUUAUGCAAAAUCCUCAUGUUGCAGCCGAUGGUUACACCUAUGAAGCAGAUGAGUUCAGAAAAUGGCUCAAUCACGGAGGGAAGAAAAAAGAUAGAACACAAAGACAAAAAGAAAGGACAUCAAUGGCAGAACUCAUUGCCAUGGGCAAUGAUGUUGUUCAUGUUGCAGUUAAGAGUGAUGUCAGAGAGAGCAGAUCAACUCUUCUUUGGGCUUUGAGGAACCUUGGGGCUAAGAAAGUCUGCAUCCUCCAUGUUUAUCAGCCAAAAACAGCUUCUCCGGCUGCUCGCAAGCUGGAAGAAUUGGAGGCUAUCAUGUACGAGACAUUACAUGAUUAUUUUGAUUUUUGUCAACAAGAAGGGGUGAAUGAGGACGAUAUUUACAUAUCAUGUAUAGAGAUGAACGAUGUGAAGCAGGGGAUACUAGAACUCAUCCAUGAGGGCAAAAUCAAGAAGCUCGUCAUGGGAGCUGCAUCAGAUCAUCAUUAUUCAGAGAAGAUGUUCGAUCUCAAAUCAAGAAAGGCAAAGUAUGUUUACCAACACGCGCCUAACUCCUGCGAGGUUAUGUUUAUGUGUGACGGACAUCUCAUCUACACAAAGGAAGCCAAUCUUGAAGACUGUGUGGAUGAAACAGAAUCCGGAGCUGGACAAUCCAAACCGAAGCUCUUUUCCUCUGCUUCACCGAAAUGCUCUGCAGAACUAGUUUCUGCAAUUGUAGCUUACAUUGACAUAAGGAGAGACAGAGAUAUGCUAGAGCCAACUGCAUCAGAGGAUCAAUCUGUACGGUCUAAACAUUGUUGGAAAGCGAAAGGAAUGAUCAACUGUAUAAACAGCUUAAGCAAGCACUUAUGGAAGUUGAGGAAUCGAAAAGAGAAGCUUAUGAAGAGUGUGUCAGGCGGUUUUAAAGCUGAAAAUACAGCCGUUGAGGCCAUUCGCAGUGCAAGAGAGUACGAGGCCAUGUACAAUGAAGAGGCGAAGCUAAGGAAAGAAGGUAAAGAAGCAAUAGCGAAGCAGAGGAAAAUAGUGGAGAAGACUAAACAAGAGAGGGACGACGCGCUAAUCAUCAUUCUAAAUGGAAGAAAGCUAUACAAUGAGGAACUGAGACGUAGAGUUGAAGCUGAAGAGAUGUUGGGAAAAGAGAAAGAAGAACACGAGAGAACUAAGAAGGAGAUCGAAGAAGUGCGAGCCAUUGUUCAGGAUGGUAUGCAGCUGUACAACGAGCAGCUGAGACAGAGGAAGGAGAUGGAGGAAUCUGUGAAGAGACAAGAGGAAGAGCUUGAGAAGACAAAGAAGGAGAAGGAAGAAGCGUGCAUGAUAAGCAAGAACUUGAUGCAGCUAUAUGAAGACGAGGUGAGGCAGAGGAAAGAAACAGAGGAGUUGGUGAAGAGAAGAAGAGAGGAGCUAGAGAAAGUGAAGAAGGAGAAGGAAGAAGCUUGCUCUGUAGGACAAAACUUCAUGAGGUUAUAUGAAGAAGAAGCAAGACGUAGAAAAGGAACAGAGGAAGAACUCAACAAGGUGGCGGCUGAGAAAGACGCAGCGAGCUCAGUCUGUUCGGAGAUUCUAUUACUCCUUCAGAGUUACACUCGUCGCCAUGGGAUUCCUUCUGGAUUCUCAGAUGAGGACUCCGUUACACGCCAGCCUCCCUCAUAUUUCAUAUGUCCUAUCUCACAGGAAGUAAUGAGAGAGCCUCGUGUUGCAGCGGAUGGUUUCACCUAUGAAGCUGAAUCCUUAAAAGAAUGGCUCGACAAUGGUCACGAGACCUCACCAAUGACAAACCUGAGGCUCGCCCACAACAACCUAGUCCCCAACCACGCCCUUCGUUCCGCCAUUCAGGAUGCUAGUUUCGUUUCUGCUGGAGACAUAGUUCACCACGACGAUUCGCUUCCCCAGAGACCUGGUUGCAACAACAAUUUCGUACUGGUGAAAGUCCCAACUCGAGUUAAUGGGUCCGAAUACACGGAGUUUGUUGGUGUUGGUGCUAGGUUUGGCCCAACCUUGGAAUCUAAGGAGAAACAUGCUACCCUCAUCAAACUUGCUAUUGCAGACCCUCCUGAUUGUUGCAGCACUCCCAAAAAUAAGCUUACAGGAGAGGUCAUUCUUGUUCAUCGUGGUAAAUGCAGUUUUACCACUAAAACAAAGGUUGCUGAAGCAGCUGGUGCCUCCGCCAUCCUUAUCAUAAACAACAGUACAGAUCUUUUCAAGAUGGUCUGCGAGAAGGGUGAAAACGUUUUAGACAUAACUAUUCCUGUUGUUAUGCUACCCGUUGAUGCUGGUAGAAGUCUGGAGGACAUAGUCAAAAGUAACUCUAUAGUUACUUUGCAGCUCUACUCACCGAAACGUCCAGCAGUUGAUGUGGCUGAGGUCUUUCUCUGGCUUAUGGCUGUCGGUACCAUUUUAUGUGCUUCUUAUUGGUCUGCGUGGACCGUCAGGGAAGAAGCUAUUGAGCAAGACAAGCUGCUAAAGGACGGAUCAGAUGAACUUUUGCAGUUAUCAACCACCAGCUCUAGAGGUGUUGUUGAGGUCACCGUGAUAUCAGCAAUUUUGUUUGUAGUGGUUGCUUCUUGUUUCCUGAUCAUGCUCUACAAGCUUAUGUCAUUCUGGUUUAUAGAGGUGUUGGUGGUACUCUUUUGCAUAGGUGGUGUAGAGGGGCUGCAAACCUGUUUGGUCGCCUUACUCUCAUGUUUCAGAUGGUUCCGCCGCUUUGGAGAAUCAUAUCUCAAAGUUCCUAUCCUGGGUGCUGUCUCAUACUUGACUCUGGCUAUAUGUCCCUUUUGCAUAGCAUUUGCUGUAUUUUGGGCAGUUAAACGCCAAUACUCUUAUGCUUGGAUAGGGCAAGAUAUACUUGGAAUCUCACUGAUAAUCACGGUUCUUCAAAUUGUCCGCGUACCAAAUCUUAAGGUCGGGUUUGUUCUUCUCAGUUGUGCCUUCAUGUAUGACAUCUUCUGGGUUUUUGUUUCAAAAUGGUGGUUCCGUGAAAGCGUGAUGAUUGUGGUAGCCCGUGGUGACAGAAGCGGAGAGGACGGAAUUCCAAUGCUACUAAAGAUCCCACGAAUGUUUGAUCCUUGGGGUGGCUACAGCAUAAUUGGAUUUGGUGACAUCAUCUUACCAGGACUGCUUGUAACUUUCGCACUGAGGUACGACUGGCUGGCGAACAAGAGGCUAAAGUCAGGAUACUUCCUUGGGACAAUGUCUGCUUAUGGUCUAGGUCUGCUCAUAACAUACAUAGCUCUAAACUUGAUGGACGGACAUGGACAACCGGCUCUGCUUUACAUCGUCCCAUUCAUACUCGGUACUUUGUUCGUGUUGGGUCACAAGAGAGGUGACCUGAAGACGCUGUGGACAACAGGGGAACCCGACAGGCCAUGCCCUCACCUUUCUGAUUGUGAUAGGUUGAAUAAACUAAUGACAGAAGCAGCGGAAAAGGCGGCUUUCCUCGGGGGUCUUGUUGUCACAUUCAAGGAGCAAAUGCACACUGAUGUUCUCGUUAACCCUGGCGAAGAAGCUCCACCCAUACCUACACACAAAGCCGUUCUGGCGGCAAGAUCAAAGAGGAACCCGGAUCUAAGCGUGGAGAUCACUCGGGCUUAUCUAAGAGAGACCAAAGCCAAAGCCAAAGAUCAUGGAGCUCCUUCAUUCAAUGUUUUUACUAGUACACGCGGCAACUGGUGAACAAACAGCUUGUGUAAGUGGAUCGAUCUCACUUGCUAAAGGGGAUUGAUUGUUUCUUCUUUUCUUUCUUAUAAGAGUGAAAAAAUUAGUAAAGACUUGUUUUAUGGAUUAUCUCAAGGUGUUGAUUGAUUCAUGUACCAUUCAUAAGUAAACCUGUUUUAUUUUC